CCCGGCUCGCGGCUCGGGGGCAGUGCAGGUGAUGUCACCGGCCUGACGGAGCUCGGGUAAGACGCGAAAAUGGCGGCGAGUAACUACUACAGUUCAGAGGUGGACGACAACCCGCAGCACAGUGCUCAGCCUCCGAUGGCUCCUCCCCAGCCCUCUCCUGGAAGGGGCCCUGCUGUGGGCCAGGCCUUUCCCCCAGCCAUCCUGGCAGGGCACGGUGAGUAUCAGCCACACUUCAGCCAGGACUUCACUGACAGCAGCCAGCCCUCGGAGCCCAGUCCUGUACCCACCACCGAAGCCACCUACCAGGACAGUUAUAGGUACGGAUGGUCAGUGGUCACCAGCAGCUAUGAAGACAGACAGAGCUUCCAGUCUGCUGCCUGCCAACCCGGGCACACGACCACAGACCUGCCAGGAGCCUGUGCCUGUCCUCUAGAGAGCAAAGACAGCUAUAGGCAGCCUAGCCUCAGGGGUGGCCACAGCUAUGCUCAGUCUCCACAAGUGCUCCCAGCCAAAGUCGGGCAGCCAGAGGGCACUUCGAUAUCAGGCUAUGUCUACUCUAUGGUGACAGGUGUCCAGUCCAAGACAUCCACCAUGACCUCCUACCCUGAGGCCUCCUACAGUCCUACCAAUGCCCCGCAUACUGGUACAAACUACCCAAGCUGUGACGUGCUGGUUUACCCUGUGGCCCACCCUCACUAUCCUCCACCAUUGUCCCCCCAGAGGCAGCCCCCACCUCUCCCAGGGCCCCCACCCAUACAGCCUCCACUGCUGCCCAUGCCCCCGGGCUCCGGGAGAAGCCCCAGGCCUGGCUGGAAGCCACCGUUACCCAACAAGCUACCAAAGCACAAGGAGGUACCCAGGGAACCCCAGCUUCAUUACUGCGACAUCUGCAAGAUCAGCUGUGCGGGUCCCCAGACUUACCGUGAGCAUCUAGAAGGCCAGAGGCACAAAAAGAAGAAGGCAGCUCAGAAGACAGGUGUGCAGCCUGACAGCAGCCCUCGUGGGAUGCAGGGACAUCUGCACUGUGGCCUGUGUGCUGUGUCCUGCACAGGACCAGACACCUAUGCAGCCCACAUCCAGGGUGCCAGGCACCAGAAGGUCGUCAAGCUGCACACCAAGCUGGGGAAGCCCAUUCCAACCCUCGAGCCAGCCCCCCUGGCCUCAAAGCACACCCCUGAGCCUGAGGACCCCGCUGGCCCCUGCGUGCACUUUCUGGGCCAGCCAGCACUGGCAAGGAGAGCUGUGGCCUCAAAGGCUUUGUGUGAGGGCCCCACCGAGCCACAGGCAGCAGGCAGUAGACCCCAGGAGGGAAAGCCAGCCCGACCCAAAUCAGAGGGGCCCAGAGGAGUAUCCCCUCAAGAAGGCAUGGGACAUGCUUCCAGAGCCUGCUGUGCUGGGCAGCUGGUGGGCCCCGACUAUGUAGAGGAGGUGUGCAACGACCAAGGGAAGGUGAUCCGGUUCCACUGCAAGCUGUGCGAGUGCAGCUUCAACGACCCCAAGGCCAGGGACAUGCACUUGGAGGGGCGGCGGCACCGGCUGCAGUACAAGAAAAAAGUAGACCCUGAUCUCCCCAUCGCCGUCAGGCCCAGCCGAAGGGUUCGGAAGCUCCUGGAGGGCAGGAUACGGAAGCAGCGGCACCUGAUCAGGGAACGGCUGCAGGAGCUGCGGCGCUGGCAUGAGGAAAGGAGGCGGCUGGAGGAAGAGGCACUGACCGAGGAUAAGCAGCAGCAGUUGUCACCUGAUUGUACCCCUCCUACCCCCACGGGCAAGCCUGGGGCACCUGCCACCGCAUUCCCGCCCAGGCGGCGACCACAGUCUAGCACCGACCGGCACGUGAUGAUCAGGCACGCCGCCAUCUACCCCACGGAGGAGGAGCUUCAGGCCGUGCACAAAGCUGUUUCCCACUCGGAACGGGCCCUCAAGCUGGUGUCCAAUGUGCUGGCCCAGGAGGACCGCAGAAGCCAGGAGGAGGAAGGCAGCGAGCACAGUGGCAAUGCCCCCUCUGCUCGGGUCCUGAAAGGUGUCAUGCGAGUUGGCCUCCUGGCGAAAGGCCUCCUCCUGCGUGGGGACAGGAAGGUACAUGUGGCCCUGCUCUGCUCCGAGAAGCCAACACACUGCCUGCUGCGGAGGGUUGUGGAGCACCUGCCCCAGCAGCUCCUGGUGGUGACUAAGGAUAAGUAUGAGGUUUCUUCCGACCUGGAAGCCAACAUUGUCAUCACCUCCUGCCAGGAGCCCAGAAUGCAGGUCACUGUGUCAGUUACCUCAACCCUGAUGCGGAAGGACCUGUCCACGGACCCAGAAGUAAAGGAGCUUCACCCUGACCCAGGAGAUGUCCUGAGCCCUGACAAGUGCCUCGAGUCCCUGGCUGCCCUGCGCCACGCCAAGUGGUUCCAGGCUCGUGCCAGCAUCCUGCAGCAAUGCGUUCUUGUCCUCAGGAUCCUGCGGGACCUCUGCCAGCGUCUGCCCACCUGGGGGUCCCUGCCAGCCUGGGCCAUGGAACUGCUGGUGGAGAAGGCCCUGAGCAGUGCGACUGAGCCCCUGGGCCCUGGGGAUGCUGUGAGGCGGGUGCUGGAGUGUGUGGCCACAGGGAUGCUCCUGAAAGAUGGGCCCGGGCUCCAGGAUCCCUGCGAGAAAGGCCAGAAGGACGCCCUCGAGCCCAUGACCCUUCAAGAACGGGAAGAUGUGACAGCCAGUGCCCAGUAUGCCCUGCGCCUACUGGCCUUCCGGCAGAUCCACAAGUUCCUGGGCAUGGACCCACUUUCCCAGUCCAGGUGCCAGCCUGGGACUGGCUCCCAGAAGAGGUGCCUGGAGCCAGGGAAGGCCGAGAAAGGCAAGGAAGGUGCAGAUGAGAAGAAGCAGUGCCAGCGGAAUGGAGAGGGGUUUGUGUGAGCCACCCCCCAUAUGGGCACACCGGCCAACUGCUGUCACCUGGCCGUUGCACAGUGGUAUUUCCCUUCCGAGUAACGUUCCGUAGGUUUCUUUUUAAAAAGCACUGUGCAUACGUCGUUAGAAAAGUCACACCACCCAGCACUAGGAGCAGCACCCCUCUCUCUGGGGCCCUGUCCACCCACGCCCAGGUGGGCAGGCAGUUGGGUACCACAUGUACCAGUAUCCGAACCCCAGUAUUUCCUGCUAGCUUUACACUCCCCCUGUGGCAUUCAGAGGAUGUGGGUUUUUAAAUCACUUCCUUUGGAUGGGACCCAAUGUCAGAAAGACUGGCCCUCAAGUUCCGGAGGAGGCCAUAGAGGGUGGACCAGAGAGAGUAGGGUGCUGGGGGCUGCAUGUGACCAGCUGGCCUGUGUUGGUCAUCACAUUCACCCCGUAUGGGAUGAGGCUGAAGAAGCGCCUGGGGCUAAGAUCCCCUGAACCCAGCCUGCUUCAAACAGACCAGUGCUGCAGCCUGGAGCCUGGCAGGUCUGAGCUUGGAUCAUCCCCUGUGCGGAGUAUCAAAUGACAUUGCCAACAUGUGAAGAUGAAGGCUGGGGCCUCCCUGGGGAAAUACCUGUGUCCCCAGUGCUGUGAACCUGACCCCAGAGACACCCCUAUGCCCACUCAACACCGUGGACCACUGAGUGCCUUCCACAGAGAAGAGCUACUCUGUGAUGUGACCACCUUUCACCCUCCUUCCCUCCUUCCCUCCUUCCCUCCCUGACACAGGUCUCAGCCUGUGCCCUGCUCCUGGGAACUGAGAGGGAAGUCAUCCUGUGGACACUGGUGAGAGACAGGGGGCCUCCUGGAAUUGGGAGAUAUAGGGCACCCCCUAUCUGGUUCCCACCUUGGCCCAUUCAAACCUCUCCCCUUGCCAGGAGUUUCCUUAGCUGGCUGCCCACUGGCCUUGAGUGAGAAAGGCCACCUUUCAACAGACAUGGUCUGUGUGGUCAUUUGACUAACUUGGUUCUGUUUUUCUGUGUUGAAAAAUAGCCUGUGUGUUGCUUAGCUUCCAGGUGUCUUUGUAGAGCGACCUGGAAACUGAGGGGAGAAAUAAAGGAGAUGUGCUCAUC